UACAGGGCCUUUGGUUCUGUAAGUAGAAAUGACAGUGGGGAUUGGUUUGGGUUUUUGGCGAACAAAGCAGAGCAGCCACAAAUGUGGAUUCUUGGAAGAAAGGGCUCAUCUGGGUUCUCAGCCUGUUCUACAGCUGAGGAGGUUACCCAAGGAAUUGAUGGAACGGGCCUCACUUCUAUAGUUACAGGUGCAUCAAGCGGUAUUGGCAAAGAGACGACGCGCGUCCUUGCCUUGCGCGGUGUACAUGUAGUUAUGGCAGUCAGAAAUACAGAUCGCGGUACAAUAGUGAAAGAAGCUAUACUUAAGGAAAAUUCCAGUGCGAAAGUCGAUGUCAUGGAAUUAGAUGUCAGCUCAAUGGCGUCUGUCAGGAAAUUAGCUUCCGAGUAUACGUCCUCGGGCCAUCCUUUAAACCUCCUCAUUAACAAUGCAGGGGUGAAUGCUCCUUUCGCGCUCACCGAAGACAACAUAGAACUGAUGUUUGGAACUAACCACAUAGGUCAUUUUCUUUUGACAAAUCUUUUGUUCGAGACCAUGAAAAGCACAGCACGCGAAAGUCAGAGAGAAGGAAGGAUUGUCAUCGUGGCCUCAGAGGGUCAUCGGCUUGUGCCCCGUGGAGGAAUUCGUUUUGAUAAGAUCAACGACGAAUCUAGUUUCAAUGUAUGGUCUGCUUAUGGACAAUCGAAGCUCGCUAACAUAUUGCAUGCUAAUGAGCUGGCCAAGCACUUGAAGGAAGAAGGGGCGGGCAUAACUUGCAAUUCACUUGAUCCUGGACCCGUUGCCACCGACAUUAUGCGUCACCAUAGCAUUAUCAACGGUCUUGUGAAUAUGUUUAUUAAAUAUUUGGUGAAAAAUACUCCUCAGGGAGCGGCGACAACAUGCUAUGUGGCAUUGCAUCCGCAAGUUAAGGGGGUGAGCGGGGAGUAUUUUUCCAACAGUAAUGUAGGAAAACGGACUGCUUUGGCGAAAGACGAAGAACUAGCAAAGAAAUUGUGGGAUUUCAGCUUGAGCUUGACGAAUCCCAAGUGAUCAUGCCUUGUGCUGAAUUGUUUGAUGUACUGCCUUUUGUAAGUUUGUCCUGGAAUUUUUUUUAAGUGAAACCCUUUGUGUCACACUUUUAAUAGUAACUCGAAUUCUGUAUGAAGUAUGAUUUGUUUGUACAUCAUCGUUUGUUUGUGAAGGCAACUUAUGAAUGAAAAGUUAUUGAAUGAGGGUCUUUAAUUAA